GUGUCGUUGGUACGUAUACCGCUUUAUCAGUAGAUAAUACGAUACAUCGAAUCGAGUUUAGAUGUUUCCACGUUCAGUUCCGUAGUGCACCUGCGUGAAAGAGGAUUCUCAGACACCAAAAUGGCUGCCACACACCUCGACGUUGGUCUACGUUGCAUCAAGUACCUGCUUUGCGCGGUUAACUCCCUCUUUGUGUUAACGGGAGUAAUGAUAAUAUCUGUAGGAACAACAAUUUAUGCUGUUUAUGAAGAUUUCUCUCAUUUUCUGGAUCCCAGCUAUUUUUCUCCAGCAACUCUCUUAAUUGUUGUUGGAAUAUUCGUAUUUAUAAUAGCUUUUCUAGGAUGUUGUGGAGCUCUUAGAGAAAGUACUUGCAUGGUUCUUGUGGUAAAUAUUUAAUUAUCUUUUUUGUAUU